GUUUCUCUGCUACAUCGGUAUCCCACGACAGACUGGCAUACACCGAAUUACGAUAAACCUCUACAUCUACAGCUACAUACAAUGAAAGUGUUUAUACCCAGUUAAUGAAGAGCAUACAUAAUGUAUGUAAGUACAGCUAAUGUUUGGUAGUCCAGACGAAUUUCACAUAUAUCUAGUGAUUUGGCGGGGCGGGGAGCGACAGUAGAAAAGGAGAAAGCUACUUGCCCAGGUGAAAGUCGUCAGAUGACCCGAAUUCUUUCAAUGCUAUCGUCAAAAUUCAGUGUCGUUCGUUGAUCCUUGAAGUUCGCGCGGUCCAUCCCGUCAUAUAGUAUAGCGACAACACGGAUAUUCCUGGAUAAUUGUACACGAAUAUAUAAUAUAUUAUCAGAGCGGUAUCCAUACGAAUUGGAAGGAUUCGGCGGGGAAUAUUAUAACUUGAUGAGAAAAUAAUCCUAAAUACGCCUAAAAUGAGUCUCGAGCCACCGUCGUACCAAUCUUUGGAUGAAAAGACGACCCGGAGAUUGCUCGCGCUAUUCACCGGCGAAAGGACUGGAUGGGUUCAGGUCGGGGAGAAAAAAUGGUUUUUUCCGCACCGAUACGUCGAGCAGGGAAGUCACUUUUUCAACUUCAAAGCACGGCCGGACGACACCUGGGUUGUCUCAUAUCCAAGAUCAGGUACUACUUGGACACAGGAACUCGUAUGGUUGAUUUGCAACGACUUGGACUUUGAUACCGCGAGAAAAGUACACCUCACCGAGAGAUUUCCUUUCUUAGAGAUAAGCCUGUGCACCCAUCCUCAGGUAAUCGAUGAGUUAGUUGAUGCAGUGAAAGAUAAUCCAGAGUUGGCUGCACGAUGCCGUCAGGUUGCCGAGCCCGGCUAUCAAGUUCUUCAACGGCUAUCAUCCCCGCGAUUCAUCAAGUCGCAUUUCCCCUUCAGCUUACUCCCGGGUGUCUUGGACGUCGGUUGCAAGGUCGUCUACGUCGCGAGGAACCCAAAGGAUGUAGCUGUUUCGUGGUUCCACUUGAAUCGAAUUUUCAAGACCCAAGGUUAUCAGGGCGACUUCCCGACAUUCUGGAGUUGUUUCCGCGAUGAUCUCACUACAUGGUCGCCGUAUUGGGAACAUUUGAAGGAAGCCUGGGCGUUGAGAGACGAUCCGAACUUGCUUUUCUUAUUCUACGAGGAUAUGAACAUGGACUUGCCCAAAACCAUUGACAGAGUGGCCAAGUUUUUGGGUAAGAAUCUGACGCGCGAACAAACGUUCAAUCUAGUCGACUACCUGGACUUCAACCGGUUCAAGAGAAACGGAACUGUCAAUGGCGAAGAAUUGAAGGAAUGCGGUGUCAUAACAACGACUAGUUUUAUAAGGAAAGGUCAAAGCGGAGGAUGGACAGACACAUUUACUCCAGAGCUAGAGGCCGACGCGGAUCAGUGGAUAGCUGAAAAUCUCAAGGAUACAGACUUUUCAUUUCCCAUAUUAAAUAAUAAUGAUAAUAAAUAUUGAGAAGUAUUUAUUCUCAUUACGAUCCUUCAGAGGUCAGAGGAUAUCGCGUUCGAAUUAGGCCAAUCUUAGCGACAGUGAAUCAACGAUAAUACUGUUGCGUAAUUUCUUGCGACUCUGUCUUUUUAUUCAAGUACAGUUCAUGGAUAUGAACCUCGAGUUAAAAAAAAAUAAAAAUGAAUAUUUUUUGAA